UACUACAUGCGACCGGAAAUUACCGGAAAACGGCUGAACUAUGAUCAAAACUUAACAAAUUCGUUUGUUUGCAUAAAAUGUAAAUUUCCUUUAAGAAUGGUAUUUCUUGGUCGUGGUCGUGGUAAAGGAGCAAAUAGGGGCCGUGGGCGAGGUGUUGGAGAAGUCGCAUUCGAGUCUCGUGGCGCACACAGCAGCCAACAUUCUGGCAGAGAUUCCAGACAGGCACCAGAAUCGUUACGUAUAACUGUUGGUAAUGAUCAGUUUAGAGACAGAAAAGAAGACAAUAGUGGUAGGCUAAGCCCAUCAGUAAGUCAAAGACUAGGACCUCCCAAAGAUAAUUAUGAGCAUGGGAGAGAUGCUGUUUAUAGAAGAGAAGAUGACAUGAUGUAUCGACGAGAGGCAGAAAUGUAUGGGCAACCAGAGCGAGAUAGAUUGGAGAGAAACAGGGGGCAAGAUAAUAGAGAUAGUUAUAGUAGGGACCCAUAUGCUAGACCAGAAGAAAGAGAAUACGGGGACAGGCGAGGUUUAGGAGGUGGUGGUUAUGAACAGGUGCCUGCUGAAUACCGAGCACCAACUUCACAACCAUUGUUUCCAUCUGGAUCAAGGUCAUCUCCUCAUAGAAGCUACCCAGCCACUCAUCCAGCAGGUCCUUCUCCUGCUCAAACCAGCACAUCAUCAAGACCUUUAAAGUCUAUCCUAAAAAAGAAGGACCAAGUUCCAGAGCAGAAACCGCAAGACAAACCAUCCGGUCUUCCUGGUAUAGCUAACUACAUGGAUGACAUAGAAGAUGAAGACAAGUUUCUUUAUGGUGGUGAAGAUGAUAGGAGAAAUAGGAGUGAAAGAGAGAGAGGAGAAAGUGGACAGUAUAGGCAGCUGCCACAUGGAAUUCCAAUCGAAGAUCUAAGAGCCUCAAAUAUAAGGUCUGCUGCUCAGGCUUGGCAGCCAUCAGCACCGCAGACAACAGUGACUGGUGUUGUGUCAGAAUUUGUAAAUGCACAGCGGGAGUAUUUAGACCAUUCGAAACAGCAGCAUUUUGGAGGUGGAGAUCCUUUCCAAUCACAGCCUAUGCAGCAGCCAGGAGGUAAUGAUUUAUGGAGUAUGCUAGCUAAAAGUGUUCAAACUGCCCAACAGCAACAACCACCUCCAAAUCAGUUUGAACCUCAAUUGGGAAGUUAUCAGGCACCAUUUAAUAGUCAAUCAGCUGAGCCUUCAUAUGCUGCACAGCCUGUGCAAGAGGCUCAAGCACCUGCUGCUGGUCAUGAUCCAACAAUAGAAAAUAUUUUGAAAUCCAUAGGCUUUGACUUUGAAAUGUCUAAAAGAAUGCAAGAAAAAGCUAAACAAAGUUCUGGUGAAAUUGUACCUCAAUCUGCAAAACCAGGAGAUCCAAAGUUCAUUAAUCAAACAGCUUCUUUCAUUGGAAGUCAAAUGUCCCAUGAAGAAAUGAUGUCAACUCUUGGAACACUUCAGCGGGAAAGGGAAGCCCAAGCAAAAGCUGCUGAAAGGCAACCUGAAUCUUUGCAUCAAGACUUUAGAGAAGUGGAUAGAGACAUGUUCAGUGAUAGAGAUAGGAGAGGCAGUAGUGAAGCCUCCAGGGGCAGAAUGAAUAGCCCUUCUAGAAGAAUGAACUCUCCAUCAAGAAGAUUGGGAAGUCCACCAAAGGGACAGUCACCAGAAAGACUUCAGAGGGGUUGUUCACCUGUAAGUGCAGAGGGGUCCCCACCGCCACCAAUGUUUAAUCUGCCUCCAAUAACAAUAAAAAGGAGAUCUAACUUUGACCGCAAGGGAAGUCCUGUUUGGGACAGGAAAAGUCCAAGUAGAAGCCCUCAAAGAGAUUCUGACAGAAGUCGAAACAGACCAAGAAGCAGAAGUCCAAGCUGGAAUCGUAGCUUAUCAAGUCAUGGUAGGAAGCGAAGUAGAUCACCAGCGAGGAAACAGUCACUAAGUCCAGUAUCUCCAGCUUCCCGUACACGAAGUAGAAGUCCAAGUGGCAGGAAAAGUCCAGUUAUUAAAAGAACAUUUAACUUAGAUGAUAUAAGCCCAGUAUUUAGACGAAGGGUAAGCCCUGGUGCUAGAAAAAGAAGUAUAAGUCCAGGGAGAAGAAGAAGUCCAGGUAGAAGAAGUUCCAGUAGAGGAAAAAGUCCUGGUAGAAGGCGAAGUAGAAGUCCUUACAGAAAGAGGAGAGGAAGCAGAAGCCCAGGUCGGAGGAGAAGCAGAAGCCCUCAACGACAUAGUCCAAGUCCAAGAGGUAGAAGAAGAAGUGUAAGUCCAAGAGGAAGGAAAAGGGGCCCUUCAUCUAGGAGCAGAAGUAGAGAAAGGAAAUUGAGAAGAAGCACUAGUAGGGAUCGUUCUUUUAGAGGUAGUCCAGGAAGGCAUCGGAGAAGUUCAAGUAGAGACAGAAAUAGAAGACGAAGUAGAAGUAGGAACCAUAGUAGAAGCCCUAGGAAAGGCAGAAGUUUGUCAGUGUCAUCUGAUUCAGAUAUUGAUGGCCCAGCUAAUAAACAAUACUUUUCUUCACCAUUAAGAUUAUCUCGUAGUGAGAAACAGAAUAUACCAAGAUAUUAUGAUUUUCCUCCUCAGCAGGGGCCUCAAGGCCCGCCUGAUUUCAAUGGUCCACCUUUCCCAGGUUAUGGUCCAGGCCCUCCACCAGGUGCCUUCCCUCCAGGUUCUCAACCAGGAAUGAUGCCUGUAUGUCCUCCAGGGCCACCAAUGUUUACCAUGCCCCCACCUGGUAUGGCACCACCUGUUGGCCCUCCUCCAGGUUUUCCUUUCCCCCCACCAGGAGCUGCUGGGCCUCCAGGGGCUGUCUUUGCAAUGCCAGGCCCUCCAAUGAUAAAUCAACCACCACCAUCAAUUUCCACAGAUCCAGAAAUGGCACCACCUGGAACAGUAGAGAUGCCUUUGAACAUUCCCAGUCGUUCAAACUUGACUGAGAUUGUAAAUGAAGAUUCCAGAGAUAGCCAAAAAACCGACUCCUCAAGUUAUAAAGAUAAUAGAAGAAAGGAACGCUCAAGAAGUAGAGAAAGGCGUGGCAGAUCCAGGAGUAGAGAACGGAGAGAUAGAUCAAGAAGUAGGGAGAGGGGUAGCCAAACUAGAAGUGACAACAGAAGCAAAGAUAGAAGAGGAGAAAAGAAAAGUGAAAGAUCUGGUUCAAAUAGUAGUAAUAGAACAGUUUUACCGCCAAGAGCAAAACCAAAGGCAGAAGAUAUAGAAAUAAAAGCAAGUACCACGUCAAGUGAAAGGGUUAUAGUUAUUGGUGGGAAGGCCACUAAAUUGCAACCAGCCGAAGCUGAGAACAAAGAAGAUAGUGAAAAAGAAAGGUUAAAGAUUUUAAAAGAGAAAGAUAACAUGAUUGCAAAGAUAAAAGCAUUGGAAGUUGAGUUUAAAAAUUUAAAACAGCAAGAGUUUGACUUGAAAAAGAAAAGUGAUAAAGAUAGUAAACCAGAUCCAAUACUUGUUGAAAAUAAAAAACUGUUGGAUGAAAUUAAAAAAGAGAUUGUGAAGCUGAAUAAACAAAAAAGUGACUUUGAAAGCAAACAUUCAGUUUUAUUGAAAAAAGAGCAGCCACAGAAAAGAGAAAUAAGGGUCACAGCGAAGAAGAUUCCAUCCAAAGAUGACAAAGGGAAAGCUGCAGAUAAAAAAGAGAAAGACGUGUUCCAGGUUGAGAAGGGCAAGAUGAUGAAGCAUUAUUUCCAUGACGGAGGCGACCAUUGGUGUAAACCUUGCAAUACCAUACAUCCCAAUAUACAGGACUACAUGCAUCAUCUGUCCAGCUACAAACAUAAACAGACGCUACCUAAUGAUUUUCGGCCCUGGAUGGAUGGCUAUAAGGCUAACGAUGGAAUGAUUUUGAACAAGAAAGGAAUCAGGGUGCCUUUACCUGGGAUUGAAUUUAUGAUGCCAGUGAGUGCAUACUAUUGCCAGCUGUGUAAGGUAUUCCUGGGAGAUGUGUCAUUUGGUGCCGACCACUUCAAAUGUGAAAGUCAUUACAUUAAUUACAAGAAAUAUCUGGCUGAAAAUCCAAUUUAUGAGAAAAAGUACAAGGAAGAGCGAGAGAAGGUACUGGUUGCCAAUAAAGCGACUAAGAAAGAGCAGAAGGAAAAAUUAGAAAUUAAAACAAGACAACAAACUAAACAAAAUAAUUCUGAGAAAGAUGCUAGAAUUAGGGCCAACGAGAAAAAAUGGGACAAAAAUGUUGAUGAUCUGGAUGAUACAAGUGCUGGAAUACAAAAGCAAGAAACAAAUAAAAGCCAGAUAAAGUUAAGUCUGAAAGACCAGAAGCAGACAAGUGAUGUCCCUGAAAAGGGUUUUGGAAAAUUUAAUUGGACUAGAGAUAAAAAGAAUGAAGAUGCUAAGGACGGAGAUAAAACUCCCGAGGCCGGUCAAGAUAAAGAAAAGGGAAAGAUUAACUUCAAUAUAAACUUGAGUAAUAAGACAGGUAAAUCUUUAAUUGGUAAAACAGGUGCCCAAAAGAAAAACCCUUUGCUACCACCAUGGCAGCCUGUUGGUAAGAAGACUGAGUCAGUUGGAAAGCCUGGUGAAACUGCUAAUUUGGACCAGUUUCUUACAACAAAUAAUGGUGAAGGGAAAAUACCUGUAAUAAGUGAAAAGAAAAGGAUAAGUGCCAGAGAAAUUCUGGAAGCUUUUACUGGAAAGUACAAAGAAAAAGAAGCUGCAACAGCAGCUGACAAAGAAAAAGAAGCUGCAGCAGCAGCUGACAAAGAAAAAGAAGCUGCAACAGCAGCUGACCAGGAAAAGAUGAAGGGUGAGGAAAAUGUGGAAAAAUCCAGUGAAAAAGAUCCAGAAUUGACUGUUAAAACGAAAAAAGAAAUGAAAGAAGAGAAUGAAAAGAGAAUGAUGGGGAUAGACCCAGAUAGUGAAGUUCCCUUGGCAGAGAAAAAGCCCCCACCACCAGCUUCUCAGAAUGUUCCUCUUCCUGACCAAAAACCAAGUGCAACUGUUGAUGAAAACGCUGUGCAUAAAGUUUUUAAUUCUGAAACAAUAGAUGAUGAUGAAAAACCUGUAAUGGUUACUGUUACAGUAGAGAAAGAAGAAAUUCCUGAACAAGGGCAUGUGAAGAUGGAGGAAGUUGCUGAAACAUCUCAAGAGAUCAAAAUUGAGGUAAAAGAUGAGAACGAAAAAAUGGAUGUCAAAAGUGAUGUGUUAGAGAUUAAAAUGGACAUAAAAUGUGAAGAUAGUGAAAAUGUUUCCUCUUUGGCUUUAACUGACACUAAAGAAGAUACAAACAUUAAACUAAAUUCUGAGGAAAAUAUUGAGAAUGGAAAACCUGAUAUUGUAAAAAAAGAAGAUAGUAGCAUGAUUAUGAGUGAAACUGUCAAAGCAGACAUUGUUCCUAAAGAAGAGAAAAAUAUUGUUCUGGAAAAGGAAUCUGUAACUAAAGUCGAAAUCAUUAUUGAGUCAAAUGAUAGUACUAUCAAAGAAGAUCAGGAAUCUGUGCAAAUGGAUAUAGAAGAUGACAAGAAACCCAAGUCUGUGGAAAUGGAUAUGGAAGUUGACAAGAAGCAAGAAUCUGUGCAAAUAGAUAUAGAAGUCGACAAGAAGCAAGAAUCAGUGCAAAUGGAUAUAGAAGUUGACAAGAAUACAGAACCAGGGGAUGUUAAAGUUGAAAGUGGCGAUGACAUAAGUGAAAUGGCUGAGAAGAAAGAAGAAUCGCCAGAAAUUAAGGAUGAAAGUACCAAACCAGAAGCAGUAAUUGAUGAUUCUGACACAGAAAUAGAUGAGCCUGUUAGUCCUGCUCCAGCCCAAAGAGGGAGAGGGAGAGGACGUGGAAAGAAAAGGGGAGGAGGAAGGGGACGGGGACGUGGCAAAGCAAAAGCAGCUCCUGCGAGAACAACGAGAGCAAAACGCUCAGCCAAAGCUGACAUUGAAGAAACUGUUGAAAUUGGUGAAUCUGAUAAUGUUGAUAAUAGUGAAGCUAAUGAUAGUAAUAAAGAUUUAGAAUUAAAUUCUAGUGUUAAGGUUGAUAAAAUGGCUAGUGGUAAGAAAAAGAAAUCAGCUAGUCCAAGGGUCAGGAAGGCUUCAUUAAAAUCAGACACUGCAAAAGCUGAUCCUGAGGAAAUAUCAGAUAUUGAAGAACUUAAGAGUGAUGCUAGUGGCAUCAGUAUGCAUAUGGACAGUGACUUUGAGGUCCUUGAUGACCUUGAAGAUUUGGAAAUUUUAGAUGAGGCAUUGUGAAUCAAUUUAUCAGCAAAAUUAGAAGAACAACUUACAAACUCCGAUUAAAAGUUGUAUAUCUUAGUAUAUAUGCUUUAGAUUUAAUCUGUGUUUAAAAGCAAAGUGUUAAGAAACGUGUACAUGUACUACUAGUGAUUUGUGAAUGAUAAUCUAUAUAAUAGUGUUUGUGUUUUAUUCUGCGAGUGUUCUCGUCAUACAUGAUGCCCAUGAUAGAGCCGACGCUGGAGAAGAGAAGUGUGCCAGAAAAUCCAUCACAAUAAGUCACUUGUUAUAACUUUAAUGAUACCUUUUGUUUCUCUGGAUAACCAUUCCAGUCAUAAAGAAAAUAAUAUUAAGACAUUAGAUAUGUAAGUUUUGUAAUGGGUAAUUCACAUACAAAUUAGCAGAAAGGAUAUGCAGAGAAAAUGACCCAUGUGGAAUUAGCCUGUGUUGUUCAUGUGAUUCAACUGGUAUUGCAACAGUAAAGUGGCAAUUUAAAGAAUAUCAAGCUGCCGUGACGUUGACAUAGGCAUCAGAGGGUUUGUCAUCGUCACACGUUUCCAUGAAAUAAAGCAUUGAAGCUUUCAUGCUGCACACUUACGUUCUGUUUUUGUUGCCAAUGAACAACUUUUUUGUUAUCAGUUUUAUUUCCAGAUUCAUGUUUUUAUGAAAUGAUAAAGCUUUGCUUUAAAUAGUACUAAGAACUACAAAUGAACAGAUAAUGAAAUAUUAUAAUGAUAAUGUUUAUAGCAUAACAUGAGACACAAUAUAAGUAAAUAUCUUGUUGUUUUUAAGAAGAUGCAAGGAAAACACUCUGUUAGCCCUGAACCCUGCUGGAAUCGAAAGUGAUAAUGCUUGCAUAAAGCAAGAGUUGUAAUCAUUUAUACAUUUUUCAAACUCUUAAUAUUUUUAAUAUAAAGUAAGCAGCUUGCUCAUCUAUCUUUGGGCAUGCAGCUUAAAGGAAUAUUUACUUGUACUUCUAUUUUAUGAAUAAACCAAAAAUUUGAGGCCUGUUUGAUAAUAUGUGACUAUGUUCAUAAUUUAUAUGAGUAUAAAUAAAAAGAAAAUAUCGGGAAACUGUUUUGCUUUGGAUGUGGUGUGAGAUGUUGACAACAUGAUGUUUGUGUUGCCAUGGAAAUGGAACCCAGCACAGAGAAUUAGAAGAUGUCUUACAUAUUGAGGAAACUGUUGGAAUUUUUUAGAAGACAAUAAUUUGUAAUUAUGAUAUAUAUAGCUGUGUAAUUUUACUUGAAACGUUUUUGUUGUUUUGAUGAAUUGAUUAUUGACAUUUUGCAUUUCAUUCUCAAAAUAUUGAUAUAUGUUAAAUAUAUUGCUUGGUAAAACAUUGUUUAGUAUUAAAUGAGAGAAAAAAAAAGAUUUUUGUUUUUCAGAUUACACAACGAAGUGAGAUUUACAUUAUUGUGCAUGCUUAAUAAAAUGAAUUUUCAAUUUUAAUCAGACAAUUUUACAUUUAUAUGUAUAUCUUGUUGUUCAAUUUUAUUCAUGUUAAAUGUUGAUUUUGUUUUUUACCUCAGCUAUUCAAAGAAUAGUUACCUAGGCCCUCAUCUUAGCUUUGUGUAACAUUCGGAUAAGGUUAGCUUACAAUUUACCACAGAAAGUUUUCACUUAAAAUUCACCUGUCUUUAAGGUAAUAAUUAUAGAAAAGUGACCAGGAGCCAUAACUUUAGCAUAUAUUUUACUGAUUCCACCCCUUUUUGGACUUUUCCUAUGCGAAUUCUAUUUCAUCAAUUAUAAAAUUUAUGAUCUCUGUUCAAGGUCAACAACUCUAAGACAUUAUUAGGUUAUUGAUUAUUUCCCCUUGUUAUCGUCAUUUUCAUUGCGAACAUUUGAAUAUUUUCAAGAAAUGGUAAUUAGUUUGGAAAAAAAAUUACGACAGUAGUUGGGCAAUAGUCGGUAAUGCACUGUCAUUGGGUAUUGUGUUAAGGCAGUAGAUGGUGAAUUGUUGUGAAUAAUGAACUGUCCUUGGGGUAUUGUUUGAAAGUUAAACUGUGAAACUUUACCCAUUGAUGUAGCCAUGAUUGUUUUACAUGAUGUUAUGUACAUUCUAUUUCAUGUAGACGUCAUUGUUGUUGUUUUUUUUUCAAAA